CCUGCGGGAGGAGCGGCGCAGGAAAGGGGCCCGUUCAGCCACGGAAGGAUGGCCACGGCCUUCCCGAGCACCCUUCUCUCGGGUGUCCCGCAGGAAGGGGGACCCGCCCCGGACCCCGCCCAACCGCGCUCUGCCCCGCGGGGCUCACCUUGGAGGCGCAGCGCGAGCGGGGGGCGGCGGCGCGGCGGCGGUCAGCGCGUCCGGGGUCCGGCCGGCCUCUGCGCUCUCCUCCUUUUCGGCAGCAGCGGCUCUUCCAGGUGGAGACUCCGCAGCUGGCACCUUGGCAGCGUCCCGGGGCCGCUUAUAUCUUUCCUCCGAGACCCGCCUAUCGGUCUCCCAGGGCCCCGGGCCAGCGCAGUUGUUGCCAGAGGAAGGAGGGGUUUUUUUAGGACUCAGAGCCAACUUCACUUUCUCGAACCAUCGCACAUCUUCAUACAGUUUACUGAGCCACCUGAUGUGACAUGUUCAAAACUUGUCUGGGAGAAGAAGUAUCGAUGUACAACCAGUGGCUCCCUUCAACCACCCCCCACCCAGGACACCCAUGGGCAGCCAGGGACUGAUGAGCUCGCUGUGAGGCCUCUGAGACCGACCCACUUGCCCAGUCCUGUCCUGGGGGGGUGGGGGUGCUGUGACGGCAGAUGGGCGUGCCAGCCGCCAGAUUCCUGA